UUAGAUUUAACGGAAAGUUUUAACAUUAAUAAAAUAACUCAGACGAGAAAAAUAAAAGCCAGACGAUAAAACAGCGUGACAAUAAUCAUAGAGGCGCCUCUAGCGGAGAAAAUUUUAUAGGUGGAAUGAACAGCUGACACGAGUGUACGAUAACGCUGUGAAUUAAUCGAAGCGAAUAUCUUCAGUGGUUGUUUACUUUCUGUUACGGUAUUCUUUAAUCGACAUUAAACUGUUUGUUUACAAAAUUGAUGUCGAGCAGAUUGACUUAAUGAGAGUCCUGAUGGUAGAGAAGAAUGAUGAUAAAUCGAGAAGUGUCUGUAGAUUUACCAAUACUUUUCCCUCCUGCAGUAGAGGAUGUCAAUUUACUUGAGACCGUUCCAGUGGAUUUAAACGUGCAUGGAGAUGGUUCGUCUGUCGCUUCUACCUCGGACGGAUACGUAAUAGCCCCGUAUUCGUUGGCACUGUGCCUUUUAUCCAAAGUGCCUUUUUGCCGUUGUGCGUGUUCGUAUCUAACACCGUGUGUUUUCGUGAUAGUUAUAUGUCUGCUACUCUUUGUCAGCCGCAACUACGUUAAGUACUGUCUCCUGUGGCUGGAUACCCAAGAAGAAUGGAUGGUAUAUCUAAUGUUUGUUAUUUUAUACACGGCUGUUUCUUUUCCCUUUAUGUGGGGUUAUAUACUUUUAAACUUGGCUUGUGGGUAUCAUUUUGGACUCGUACUUGGCAUAUUGGCUUCUGUUGUAGCAGCUUGCGUGGGUGUGAUAGUAGCACAAGUUUUAAUGAAAAAUUUUUGUUUUGAUAUUAUCAAAUCGAAAUUAAUUACAACCACUCUACUACAGUCUGUGCUUUCAUUACUUGAAGGAGGGCAGGCAUUUAAGAUUGUGGUCGUUUCUAGACUUACUCCUAUACCUUUUGGCCUGCAAAAUGCAGUAUUUGCUGUAAGUCGGAUACAUUUAAAUACAUACUUAGUGGCAUCUACUUUGGGAUUAUUUCCGACUCAGUUUAUUAGCGUAUACCUGGGAACGACAUUGAGAUCUAUUGAAGAUGUGUUGACAGAUGAUAAUACUGCAACUACUGGAUAUUUAGUUAUGUUUGUACAGGUGUUUUUAAGUAUUCUGCUGAUAAGUUGUCUAAUCAGACAAGCCAAAUUAGAAUUGAAAAAGAGCGUGAGCCAGAACCUUCAGGAAGUUUACGUUACAAAAGACCUCAGAAGAUAAUUUGGUAAUGCGAAGAAUUAUAAAUUAAUUUGAGUUCAGCAAAGCCAACAUGGAAUACUUAAAACAAAUAUUGCAUGUAGUCUAUUGAGAAUUAUGUAUGUACAGUACAUUAUACACAACAAACAUAAAGAAGAAUGCACAAAAUCAAAAAAAUAUAUAUAAAUAUUCACCCAUUAAAUUAAUCAUUAUUUAUUAAUACUGUUAUGCAUCAAUUUUGCACAUAAUCUGUGAUAAAUAAAAUUGUGUAAAUAAUUCACCCUGGCAACUUUUAAUCCUGCUCGUUGCGUCAACAUUCCAGACACCGGUUCCGAAAUUGCAUCUUUCUUAAUCUCCCGGCAAGAAUUUGACCCUAGAGCAUUUUAAUUUGCUAUUGGAAUGACACGCCCAACAAAUUGAUAUUUGUGAUUCAGACACUAGUAAAAAGGAUUAAUGGCAAAACAAAUUUUUUAUACAUAAAAUAUUUGAUAAAUUAAUUGAUUAUUAAUGUUCAUAUAUACAGUAUAUAUUAAUUAAUAAUUUUAAUCUCAAUUAUAAAUUGUUGUAUAUUUAUAUUUGUAAAACAUUGGUACUAAUUGUUACGGCCUGCCUAUUUCCGAAAUCUUUGCAGAAAUUAAUGCAUUCAAGCGAUAGUCGAGAGCCUCGAACGGUAGGUCCCGCACACAUUAAAAUAUCUGUUGAAGAUCUAUAUAAAUGUUAUUGAAAAAUCUGUUUAAAAAUCCCUCAAUAAAGAAUGAAACUUAUGUAAUUUGUAAGAACAUAAUGUUUGCAAAAAUAAAAGUUUCUGCAGAUUAA